GAAAGUUGGGCUGUUAUAGAACGGCUUCUCUCCAGUUCUCCUUUCACUUUAACAAUCUGUUUCCUCUCCGUUCACGAUGCAGCUUUAUGGAGCUCUGAUUCUGUUUAUGACCCUGUCUACAGCAUGUGGACUACGAUGCUUCACGUGCACAGCCGCUGACCCGCACUCCUGCACAGACACCAAAUCCUGUCCUGUCAUUUUCGACCGCUGUUUCUCUGUCAGAGUAGACGGUUUUAAUGUCGUUACCAAGGGCUGCCAAAACCGCCUAACAUGUGUAGGUGCCAUGGGUUGCUGUGAAGGAAACUUGUGUAACAGCGCUACACCAGCUGGUCCCGGUAUCCUCUUCCUGCUGCUAUCUUCAGUCAUCAUCAUCAUCACACUCUUCCUCUGAGUCUCUGGGAUUUUGUUAUUUCAACGUUGCACUUUUUUUCUGACCCAAUUUGUACAACUCAAGAAGAAUAAACAACUUAAAUGUUAAGCUGCUCUCACAUCAUACUAACAUCUAUAUUUCAGUCUGGAUUAAAGAGGUGGACCUACUGAACAACAUGGCCAUGUUUGGACCCACAGCACCAGUAGUCAGAUGGUUCAAUGGUUAGCACACACCUAUACCAGCAUGAAGACCAGUGUGUUGGUUUAAAACCUGGUUCAGCAAGGCUCCAUACAGGUGUUCCCUGUGUGAAGAUGUGGUAAAUAGAAAAAAGAAACUUUAAAAAAAAAUAAUAAAAAAUGAAAUAAAUAAAAAUAAAUAAUAAAUCUUGUUUAAAAGGUCCUGUGUGUAGGAUCUACAGGCAUCUAUUCACAGAAAUGGUGUAUAACAUUCAUAACUAUGUUUUCACUAGUUUAUAAUCACCUAAAAAAAGGAAUUGUUGUGUUUUUGUUUUCUUGGAAUUAGCUGUUUUGAUCAGACAGACUAAGAGGGAGGGAGGGAGGGAGGGAGGGAGAGAGAGAUGCACCUCAGUAACUUGUUAGUGCAGAUUAGCUAUUUUUCCAAAGUAGGACAAAAUAAUCCUAACCUGUUUUUACAUGUAAGUUAUUGCCAUGUCAACAAAGGCAGAUGCAGCUUAAUAAUGGCUAAACUUCAUCCACGAAUGUCUGAUGAAGAUACCCAAAGAAGGAAAUACAGAAAAAAAUAGUGGAAGGAGAGGUUAAAUCUGAUUUAAUAACAGUCACUAGGUGAAUGGUUUAUACUGUGAAACGGGAAAUAUGGCUCACUGAGAAUGAAGUGAAUUAGGAAUUAUAAUUGUUAUAGUUUGUUUAAACAAGCUUGAACAUUUCCACCUAAGCAUUUCAAAUUCACUACCAUCAGACAUUCACAAGAUGGCGCCAAAUGGACGAAUUUUUACAUCCUGCUAAAAGUGUCGUUGCCUUAUAAAUCAGCAACAUUUCUGCAAUAAUAAUAAUAAUAAAGAAAAUAAUUAAAUAUGAAAAACUGCUGUAUGGCUGUAUAUCUUUUGAUCUUGUUACCCUCCCAGAGAGCUUGUCUCAUUUUGUUUAGUCUGUGCUGUUUGUUUUUGCUGUCUUGCAGAGUGCUUUCCUUCCUGAUAGAAACUUUUGUCUAAUUCAUCUUGUUUUCUCUGUUUAUUGUUAUAGUUAGAGUUUGUUGUUGGUGGUGUGGCUUUACUCUGAAGCUGAGAGGGUUCUUUAUGGAGUGGGGGCAGGGGGGGUCUAAGGGUGCUGGGUGGGUGUAAGGGGAAUUUGGGUUUUGUGUGGGUUGUGUUGUUGAGUGUUCAUGUAUGUUGUAUGUUGGUGAUGUGUGUUUCUGUGUUGACACCUGGAAGAAGUCUUAAAAGUCUGCUUAUGAUUCAUGUAUAUUGGCGUCACAUU